GUUCCCAUACCGCUGCUGUAGUGGGCCGUUCAUUCGUGUAGCUCAAGUCUUUUUCUUUUUUUUCUUUCCCCCCGAGCCUUGGAUGAGAUUGUGGUGAUCAUCUCACGAUUACCGGUACAGUGUGGUGCUUGUACGAGUACGACUGGGCUGAAACAAUCCUUAUUCCGGGAGACAGGGCCACUAGUACGGUGAUUAGAGCACGAGAAGGGAGAAGAGAGAAACCAUGGCAAUGAACAAGACUUCCGGUGGAAACUCGGCUUUUCACAACUUUAACAACCAGUUUGCUCAUGUUUCGGUUCGUCUUUAAUAUUCACUCAUCAAUUCCCCCAGAUGGAGGAGGAUGGCGCAGGGCGUUCACCAGAAUCGCUUCCGUGGCUCGUUUUGCUUUCUGCUACUCCGGUAUGGUGCGGUGCUGACAAUGGCCAACCACUCAGGACCCGAACGAGCGUCGUCGCCUCGCCCUCGCAGAAAUCGACAAGGCGCCAUUCGGCUGGUACCAUGUGCGGGCCGUCGUGGUUGCGGGCGUUGGCUUCUUCACCGAUGCCUACGAUGUGAGUGCUGCUGCUCUUCCAAUCCCACCCCCACACAGCGACCCGGCUGAUCCCUGCUGACCUGCGCCAUCCAGAUCUUUGCCAUCAACAUGGUGACCGGAAUGCUUGGCCUUGUCUACUGGAAAUCCGGUAAGAUUCCGGAGCACUCGGACACAGCCAUCAAGGUUUCCACCUCUGGCGGAACCGUGAUUGGCCAGCUGGUGUUUGGGUGGCUGGCCGAUGUGGUUGGCCGGAAAAAGAUGUACGGGCUCGAACUCUUGAUCAUUAUCGUCGCUACCCUAGCCCAAUCGCUCACCUCCGAGUCCUAUUCCAUGCAUCUGGUCGGAUUGCUGGUCUUCUGGAGAGUGAUUAUGGGAAUUGGCAUCGGAGGAGAUUACCCCCUAUCAUCUAUCAUAACUUCCGAGUAGGUUUUGUCGCCUUCCUUCGCGCCGUGAAUCAGGGCUCUGGGCUGACAAUGCGGGGGGCCGUAGGUUCGCAACCACAAAAUGGCGCGGCGCCAUGAUGGGCGCUGUGUUCGCGAUGCAAGGGAUCGGCCAACUGGCUGCUGCACUGGUGGCCCUGAUCGUCACGGUAGCCUUCAAGUCCCAAACCCACCCCGCAGCCAAACCCAGCGCGUGCGAUGAUGCCUGCCGCACUGCUGUGGACAGGAUGUGGAGGAUCGUCAUCGGAUUCGGCGCGGUUCCCGCUUGCAUUGCCCUCUACUACCGUCUCACCAUCCCUGAAACCCCCAGAUACACUUUCGACGUCGCUCGGGACGUCGAGAAGGGUCGCGCGGACGCGAGUGCCUACCUCGCCGGCCAGGCAUCCGGGCAGGUUGACGAGAUCCAGCGUAUCGAGACUAUACGGCAGUCGGCCGACCUCCAAGUGCCCAAGGCUUCAUGGAAGGACUUCUGGGGCGUCUUCCUUCAGUGGAGAUACGGCAAGAUAUUGCUCGGAACCGCUGGAUCAUGGUUUUUACUCGAUGUGGCCUUCUAUGGUCUGGGUCUCAAUAACUCCAUCAUCCUCGCUGAGAUUGGGUACGCUGCGAAGGAUAAUGUCUACGACCGGCUCUACAAUAACGCCGUCGGAAAUCUGAUCCUCAUUUGCGCCGGUGCGAUCCCGGGAUACUGGGUAACGGUAUUCACGGUGGACAUUAUCGGCCGCAAGCCUAUCCAGAUGAUGGGCUUCGUCCUGCUGACAGCGCUCUUCGUCAUCAUCGGGUUCGCAUUCCACCGCUUAUCCUCCAACGCCCUAUUGGGACUCUACAUCCUAUGCCAAUUCUUCUUCAACUUUGGCCCCAACGCCACCACCUUCUUGGUGCCGGGCGAGUGUUUCCCCACAAGAUACAGAUCCACAUCCCACGGAAUCUCCGCCGCGAGCGGUAAGGUCGGUGCAAUCAUCGCGCAGGUCCUCAUCGGUCCGCUCAGGACCAGGGGCGCCACGGCGACCAAUGCCUCGCCGUGGCUGAAUCACGUGAUGCAAAUCUUCGCUGCGUUCAUGUUCGCUGGGAUCUUCACUACCCUGUUGAUUCCUGAGACUGUGAGUCUUUUCUUUUCUUUUGUUCUGUUUCUCCUCUUUUUCCGUUAUCAAUGUUAUGUGUGGGGGAAGGAGAAGGCUAACCCCUGGAACAGAAGCGUAGAACCCUGGAAGAUCUCUGCGCCGAACUGUACGGGGAGGGUAUCGCCCAGGAGGAGAAGGCUCUACAAGCUACUACCGUCGGCACAGGAGAAGCCGUUGCUCCUGGAGAGGUGGGUUACGGGAAGAAGGAUGUGGAGGGGUCAUGAGUGGGGGGGGGACUUCCUGCUUUAUCUUUACUUUUGAUCUUCUUAUAUGGUGUCUGUUGCGCUCGUGCUUGGGAUCGGGCCGGAUAGUCUACUGUAGUUUUGCGAUAAUCACCUGGCGGUUCUACCCUUCGUUACAUAGACAAUACCAUCAUUACCAGAA